GCACAUCAGCCACCGCCGCGAAGUACAAGUUCAACAUUCAACACAGCCACUAUACAUUAGCUAAAGUCAGCGCACUAUAUCAGUUUUGUAGCUUAACGUUUUCAUUUAUUUCCAUUCGAACUUUGAAAGCGACAGCGCCAACAGCCCGAGAAAGUAUCCAAGCACUACCACGCGAAUUUGCGGUCUCAAUCAGUUAUAAUAUUGUUACUAACAACAAAAUUUAUACUUUUGGCUGAAAACAAAAAAAUUCCGUCAAUUGGGUAUCAAUUAUUUUUAUUGUAUUUGUUUUUUGACUUGUUUUUUAGUUUGAAUUUAACCGUUGAAGUGCCAAUAUCCCACGUUGAACUUGAGCAUUAAGAAAACUUUCUUCUUGUGCUCGUUUUUUGUUGUUGUUUAAUUGCUAUUAACAUACAUUUUUUUCUAUCUUUGAAACCUACUGGCGGUGUUUUGAGGAAAAGUUACUCUCUAAGUGUGCACUUAAAAUAGCUAAGAACUAGUAUCUUCUUUUUUUUUGUGUUGUGUGAGGUUAUUGAUAAAAAAUAAAACAACUGAGAUUCUACUAAACGGGUGCAGCGUGAAAUUAUUUUAGUGUUUUAACUUACUUCUGGAAUUCGAAUUUCAAUUCCACACGCGUUUUGAGAUAUAAAAUUCUGACACUUUCGGGUUAUAGUGUGGUGAACGUCAUUUGCUCUACUUUGAUCAACACAUAAAUUUGCAACACGAUGGUAGAGAAAACAGAUACUGCAAGUCCUUUGGCAGAAACAAACCGAAUGUCUCAAAUAAUCGGAAUCUCCGACAUAACAGAUAAUAAAAAUAUCUGGCGAAUACUUACAGCUGAAUUUGUUGGAACUUUCUUUUUAAUAUUUAUUGGCGUUGGCAGUACAGUUGGAGGUUGGAAUGAUGGCUAUUCGCCAUCAAUUGUACAAAUUGCAUUCACUUUUGGUUUGACAGUGGCCGCAUUAGCACAGGCUUUUGGUCAUGUCAGCGGAUGUCAUAUUAACCCAGCUGUAACCCUCGGGUUUGUAUGUGUUGGUGAAAUGAGCAUCCUCAAAGGUGCUUUCUACAUAAUAAUGCAAUGUAUUGGUGCAAUCGCUGGAGCUGCUCUUAUUAAGGUCGUCAUUCCAACCGAAUUAGCUGGCAACACUUUGGGAGUUACUUCAUUUAAUGCAGAUCUUAGCAGUGGACAAGCAAUUAUUGUCGAAGCUAUCAUCACAUUCAUUCUAGUUUUUGUUGUCAAAGGUGUUUGCGACACUCGUCGUAGUGAUAUUAAAGGUUCUGUACCUUUAGCUGUUGGUCUAUCUAUCACUUCUGGACAUCUUGCUGCAAUAAAAUUGACUGGAGCCAGUAUGAAUCCAGCUCGUUCAUUUGGACCUGCCGUUGUUAUGAGCAACUGGGAUGAACAAUGGGUCUACUGGGUUGGUCCAAUUGUUGGAGGAAUUCUUGCUGGUGUCAUUUACAAGUUGAUCUUCAAAGCACGCAAGGGCGACGAUGAAGCGAACUCUUAUGACUUUUAAAUUUGUCAAAAAUUGUCAAAAUUAAACUUAAGAAUGUAUAUAAGAUAAAUUUGCCUAAUUGGGAAGUAAAAAAAUAUGCAAGCACCAUCAUUGAAUCUAUAAGAAAACAUUUUGUGAAAAGAAAAGAUUAUAUAAUUUUCUUUUCUCAUUUUUGUGUAUAAAAAUCACAGAAGAUGAUACCAAAUAUUUGUUAAAGCUGCAGUAAUUGCCAGAUAUCUAUUUCGAACUUAAUAUUAAUUAA